CGCAGAAUUCUCGCCCGUGCUUUCCGGAGGUGGCGCUGGGGUGUUCAGCCCAUCGAAGAAGGCUAGGGUAAAACAAGCUGCCAUGGAUAAAAAGAAGCAGUCUGCUAGGAUGUUGGUGACACUUUUCCCCAGGGUUCCGAAGACUGCCACGGUGCUUCUGGAGUUCUUCAUCAAGCGCGAGAGCAAAGUGUCCCUGAUGCGCGACCCGCUGUCUCACUUCUGCCAGGAAGAAGUAGUGUUGCACGCGCAGGAGUGCAUGCUCAAGCUGAACAAGCAAGUCAUCACGUACCAGGACGUCCGCGACAUGGUCGAAAAUCUAGUCGGUCUCCACAGCCUUUGCAUCAAGAAGGACCCCGAGGUUGCCAAGACCCUUGGCGUGACCGUGCGCAAACUGAUCAUCAUCACUGGCGAGGUGGCGUCGUCCCUGGAAAAGAUUGCCGAGGUGUCCGUCACAGACUGGAUGGCUAUCGGAGACGCCAUUAUCACCAAGAUUGAACGGAUGGUACUGCCCAAGCCUCAGGCGUUCUCAACGUUUAUACCAAGGAUACGCGACUUCCACAGCCUUAAGAUGCUCGGUGCGGGAGGGUUCGGGUAA